GUGCUGUCGAUGAUCAUGCACACUGAUGCUGCUGGCUCUGAGGAAUUCGUCUGCUUUUGAAAUGGAAGAAGCGGGGUCAUCCUCUCUCACGUCUGAUUGCUUCAGCAGCAACUUACCUUCACCUUUGCUAAUUGCCUUCCCCCACGGUUGCAAGAAAUAUGUUAUUCCAACUUGCCAGUGUUUCUCUUCUCAACUUUCUACCCGCUCGUUCCUGACGGACCUGUGCGAACUUUUUAGAGUACAUGCCAACUGGAGCCAAAUAGUGAUCUCUCAGUACUACCACAACCUCUGGGACACGGCAAUAACGAUUGAGCCAGCCCAUCAUACCAGACAAUAAGCUUACCUCCGGAUACAAUGAUUCAGAUACCGUCCCCCGGAGUAUACGUCCUCCUUCGACGCAUGGGAAGACCAGACUGGCCAGCAAUGAUUUGCACAGAUGAUAUGGCUCCCAAUGACCUGCCACGGCCAAAUGGGUUUCUCACCCUUGUCCUUUUGAUCGACAGAAACCCGACCUUCUACUACGCAGCGUCAGGAGAGCUCCUUGAAUUCGAACCCGUCGGAGAACAUCCUGACAAAGAACUGCAAGCUGCCCACGAUCGCGUACUACAGUCGAUGGACUCGUCGCGAUCGAGCCUCGAUUAUUGGAGGCUCAGAACUGAGCACCAACGGGGACCAUCGAAAGUCACUGUACCACUGACUACACUGACGCCUAUAUCAUCACACAAAAGCGAUUACGUUUCCGACUGUGGCGAGAUCGAAAUAGCGAAAAUUCUGAGUCUCAGCGCGUGGAACGAACGCACGGAGAGGAAUCGGAUGUCUCUAUCGCCACCAGCACCCACGGCCCAAUCACGCUUUGCAACAGCGGCCCUGGGACGCGACCCGCGGCGGAGGAUGGAGUCUGCUCAAGGGGGCUGUCUAGCCGGAUUCAGCCGUCCACGGCCACGAAUAUUCAAGAGUGCUCGGGCCGCAGCCGAUCUUCGAGAACACUUUCGACCCAUACGAAGUGGGAAUAGGACAAUCUCAACUGGGUCAAAUGCGAAGCGAUACAAACCAAAUCAAAAAGACUAUAUCAAUGGUGAAUUGUCAAGUAGCUGCGAGCUCGUCAAAGUCCACGUGGGAACAGGAAAUGACGAGUUCUUGAUUCCGAAAUCGGAGGUAGAAAAGCUUCCUUUCCUAUCUGAUCCGCAGAUUGGGUGUAUGUCUACCAUGGACGAUGGAACAUCGAGACUUGACUUGCAAUGUCUCCAAGACUUCGAUCCCGCUCACUUCAGGUUCGUGGCCGAAUUCCUCUCUACGGGCCAGUUCGGCCACUCCAUCGUCAACGAACAGACGCGCGAGGCCGUUCUUGAGGAAUGUGCGGAUGCAUGGCCGAUCGCAGACCGUAUCGUGCUGGAAGAUAUGUUAGACCAUAUUGUGGCGAAAGUACAACAAGCGCAAGUGCAGGAGUGGGAAUUGGCCUGGGCUUUGGCUCUCAUAGUUUAUGAGACGUCCGGAACGCCGCUUGAUGCGUACAAGCUUAUGAAAGAGUUACUCGUCGAAGUCAUCGCGGCCGACUUCCUCGCCAAGGUUGAUACGUAUGCUACCGAGCACGGCAAUGAUAUCAUUGACCAUCUCCGAGAUCUACCUGAACUUGAGCGGGAUAUUUACAGGAGACUGUUAGAGACUGCGGAGCAACGAGUCGGUGAAAAUUGAUCGUGCUGUAACUUGAACUACAACAUUUACUCAAAC